ACCUUUUCGGAUCAAAAUUCAAAUUGUAUAGAAAUUCCACUUGUAUUUCCUUUGAAAAAAUAAAAUGAAAUUUCUCAAGUCUUUGAGCCGUAUUCCACAAUGUCUUUCUCCGUUGCAAAAAUGUUAUUCAACCGAUUUGAUCAGUUUGGUUGGAAUUCCAAGGGUUCGGAUCGCGAAAGGUCAGAAUCGUUAUUUGUUGGUGAUGAUCCAUACACAUGGCUACACGAAUUUUGGAAGAGUGAUCGUCCGGGGAGCUAAUGUCGACAAUCAUUUGACAAUAUUCGACUCAAUUUUGGAGGAGAUGGAACCACAGGGCAUAUGUGCCAAAUGCAUGGGCGGUGGAAGAAUUCUCAAUGAGGAGGACAAGAAGAAAAUAAAGAUUUAUGGCACCUCCAGAACAUUUGGCGGUGCUGAUCACAAAAGGACGAGGAAUAUACUACAAGCGUGGACCACAUACAAGGAUUUCAAGAUCAGCGUUAAGAAAUAAAGUUGCACAUGCAUUUUGGAAAUGUUAAUUCUAUUUAAAUAAAAAUUGCACAGUUAAAUUGAA